CAAACGCUGGUGUUGAAUUUUUGACACCGUGAGCUUAGAACUGGUUGCAACUGAAAGUUCAAAAUGAUUUCACGGUGAAAAUUCGCUCCUCAAAAUUCACUCGAGAUUUUCUACGUUAGAAUGAACCCGAGUGAUUGCUUUCUUUUACGCUUGUUUUUUUUUACUUUCAUGCUUUUCUGAGCACAUUGAUGGUUUAGUUAACGAAGCGCAGCCAAGCAUUCUCGCCACCCGAUCAAAGUAUUUCAUGGCUUGCCUCGAAACUGAAAGCGUGACAGAGAAUUUCACUUCUAUUGUAUUGACGAUGUAGGAGCGACUGAUAUACAGGUAUUUUAAUCAAGUCAAUGAGUAUAUCUCCGACAAAAUUUUUAAAAUCCUGAUUAAAAUGAAAUUUCCUAUCAUUCUUCCUCCCUUCAUAAGUCGGUUCCCAGUGGUUCUUCUCAUAAUUUAAUUACUGGCAACUAAUUUAUUCAUUAUUGACUUAAGCUUGUUGAUUGUAGACAUAAGCGUAGUUAUGUGCUUCGAAAUGUAAAUAAACCCGCUUAUGGUCUGUACUUAUUCAUGUUUCCUCUUCGUUUGCUAACUUGCCAACAGUCUUCAAACGUUCAUCUUGUGGAAAAGGCUUUCGGCACGCAAUCUUUGACGGUUUUUAAAAGGAAACAAAGAACGACGAGAUAGGAAUUCGUUUUUUAAAAGUUUCAUUGAGAACAGUUAUUGAAGAUUUUAGAAACUUUUCAUGAUGGAUCAACUCUUCAAGCGUAACCAAAGCGACCUCAUUCUUCUUGAAGUGUCGUCUCAAGAUCGAUCGUUGAGAAAUGAGGCUGAAAGGUCAAUUGAAACUCUGAUACUAUCUCUCACGUUGCUGUUGACUAUUUAUGGAAAUGCUAGUGUUGUCUUUGUACUCGUGAGGAACUUCACUCUGAAAAACGUCCCGAACAUGCUUCUCUUCUAUCUGACCAUGGUAAACCUUCUUAUUGCUAUUUUAAACAUGCCAUUUGCUCUCGUUUCUACCGCUGUUGAUUCAUGGAUUUUUGAUGAAACUUGGUGUGUGUUGUCUGCAUUUCUAAAUCAGUUCCUAUUGUCGACAUCAAAUGGCCUGAUUACCGUGGUGGCCGUGUAUCGUUAUCAGGCUAUCGCAAACACCUUCUCUGCACAGAUUACUAUCAGAGGGGCGAAGUGGAUGGUCUCUUUUGCGAUACUUCAUUCAUUUGUAUUUUCUAUACUCCCUGUUUUCGGCUGGAAUUUAUACCUGUACUCUAAUGCAAAGGGAUUCUGUACACUUUCUUGGUCAGCUGGCGGAAGUGGAUUGAUAUAUACCAUCAUGGUCGUGCUAUGCACAUUUAUUGGACCAUUUAUUGCUAUUGUCUAUAUGUACAUAAGGAUUGGCGUUCUGACGCGAUAUAAUACGAAAGAAAUCCUAAAUCCUAAAUCCUUAUUUUUACCAUCCUCAAGAAAGAUUCAACAAAAUGACGAUCACAAACGCUAUGGUUUUAAAGACGAUGGACAUAAAGGAAUCACAAGACGACCACGUGAAACGCAGACCGUUGGGAAACGUCAUAUUUCAGGCUCACGUGAUUCCAUUGUCGAAUCAAAAACUUUAUGUAGCGUUUCUUUUGUCAUAGUAACAUUUGGUUUAUUAUUAGCUCCUUAUUACGUCGUAAACAUGGCUUCGGCUUUCUCCCAAGAUUCUUUGUCACCGAAAGUGGAUUUUGUAGUAGCAUGGUUGCAGUAUUGUCAUUCGCCUAUUGUAGCAGUUGUCUAUGGGUAUAAUAACCGACGAAUCAAAACAUUCCUUAAGCAGUUGCCAUGGUGGCCUAGCUUCUCCAAAUCUGGCGAUGAAAUUUGCCAAAGCUCGCUUUAGUACAAUGCAUCAAUCACACUACGCUCAUUUCUACAAUCGAAUCGAAGCAUAACUAAAUACGCAUGAUCCGACAUAAUGCUUUUUGACCACAGGCCACCGAAAGACUGGGCAGAUUUGAAGACGCAUUUCGCCAACCUUAAUGGGCCCCCGAUUCGAGGGAGGACCUAAAACUAAAACAAUAUUUGUUAUUAUAACGUACAUUCACAAGUCUUAUUAAGGUUUCUAUAUUGCUUUUCAAGCUUUGUGCCUUGUAGUCACAGAUAUUUAAAAUGAUGACGACAAUGGCAUGGGCCACUGGAGAAAACUCAGGACCUAAAAUUUCUCUCUACAUUUAUGUCUUCAAAUAUAAUGCAAUGUAUCUCGUUUGUA